AGGUCGAAAUGGUCCAGUCGGAGUUUCCAAUUUGGAGUCCGACUCGCAGGCGGUACGGUCCAGAUGAUCCAUUUUUCGCUGCCGGCAACAUUGAAAGACAACUUCUAGCCAAACAGGUUGCGCUGGAUUUUACUAUAGAGGAGAAGCAGGUGGCCCGAAAUAUAGAUGACCUGGAGAGCAGUGAUUUCUUCUGUCCAAUCAGCGGGUGUGGUGCACGGUUGAGGUGUUUGGAUGCAUUUGAAGAUCACUACAUUGCACGGCACUCUGCAUCUUGCUCGGUCUGCUCAAGAGUUUACCCCACGUCACGUCUCCUGAGCUUACAUUUAUCUGAAGCUCAUGAUUCGUUCUUCCAGGCAAAAGUUGCUCGUGGGUUUGCUAUGUAUGAAUGUCUAGUGGAAGGCUGUGGUGCUAAGCUAAAGAGCUACAAGUUGCGGCAACAGCACCUGGUUGACAAGCAUAAAUUCCCAGCUUCAUAUGAGUUUUACAGAAAAGCCCAUCCAUCGAAGAAGAAAAGGAGGCAGAAUGAUCAACGAAUGAAACAUGCAUCAUCAGCAGCAGCAUCCCGUAUGGAGUCAACAGAAGUAGAGGACGAGACGAUGGACAACCUAGUUACUGCUGUCUCAAGAUUAAGCACUAGCAGUUCUGACAAUCCCUCGUCCAUUAGCUUUGGUCGUAACAGGAAUCGUGGCCUGACUUUCUUGCCCCGAGCAGUUGUUCAACAGGAGAGAAGAGCAUUCACAUCUGAUACAUAGUAACAAGUUGGCUAAUAACUCCAAAGCUACACAUUUGUAUGAGCUCAGGUCGUAUUUUGCAAUGUUGUGUGACUGGCAGGCAAUCUCUCGUUUUGAAGGGAAACACUAGGGAUGGCAACAAGGCAAAGUGGGGGUGGAGGGGGAAAAAUUAAUGAAACGAAUAUUGAAGGUUAAAGUCCUCAGUAAAUGGUUUAACAUUGA